UUCAGCGUCGGUUUAAUAUCACGCGGAAAAGUUCGAAAAUGAAACGUGACGAGCGAAAAAGACGAAGAUAACAACUUUUUAAUAAUUAUCUGGGUGUUUAUACAUUAAAAUAAUAAUUAGGGUGAAGUUAUAUAUUUAUUACAACUUAUACAUAUAUACAGCUAAUGAUAAUAGUAUGUGUAAUAGUGAGAUGUCCCGGUAUAGGGGGAUGUUUGGUGUUGGAACAGUAGCGUUAGCAUGGAGCUAGGUGAAGCGAAUUAGCAGCUUUUGCGCCCUCUUUCGGUCAGUGAGGGUAAAAACAUGGCGCUUGGUGGGCGGGUCGAGUCCUGCUCCGCUCUAACGUGACAGACUGAAGAAGCAGAAAGCAGAAGAAGGCUGAACAGUAAGAGAGAGAGAGAGACAGAGAGCAGCUGAACACACCCCCCUGGGUGUGAUAUAUAUUACAUUAAAUUAUAUUAUAUUAUAUUAUAUUAUUUCUGCAUGGAGCAGACGCGCGCGACACGGUACGUUACAGCGCGCGCACGCAGACAGUGAGAGAGAGAGGGAGAGAGAGAGAGAGAGAGAGAGGAGUGUUUUUAUAUUCCUCCGUUUUGCUGCCUUACAGGACUCGAAAUCGACUUUGUUUCGCGUUGCACACCAUCCGGAUUGGAUCUGGACUCCCUACAGACGACACUACGGAUGUUUUUGUGUUGCUUUUUAACCAGAAUUGAUUAAGAAAAAGGCUCAGAAACCCGGAGGAGUGUGAAGCACUAGCGGCGGCUCGGAGACCAGCUAUCAUCAUCAUCAUCAUCAUCAUUAUUAUUAUUAACAUUAAAGGUAAUAAUUAACCCCUCACACACGCACACGCACGCAGACAGAGAGACGGAGAGACACGGCGGUUUUGUUGAGUUGGACACCCAGAAGAUUUGCACAAGGUCACAAGUCAGCAUGCGGGGAUGAGAGUGUGGCUGUGUGUGAGCGGGUAGCGCGCUACACAGAGGCAGCCCCGGGCUUUCCGCCUUCCGCACGCGCUAUUUUGUUGCCAAACUCCACCAACUGCUGUGUUUGUGUCUGAGAAGAAGCAUGGGCUUGAUACAAGAGUGACUCCGGACCUGAGUUUGGCUGUUCAUACGGUGGAACGAUUAAAAAAAGAAAGGCUAGCAGGCUCUCAGCCCGUCCUCCCUGUGGUUCCUCAUGCUCAGCGUGGACUCUCGCCGCUUCACUGCAGGAUGGAUGGUGUGGCUCUGACGCUUCUCAUCUGUUGCCAUACGCGCUUGCUGAUCUGUGACUGCAUCCUGUUCUUUUACGUUUAUAAAAGAACUCCUCCUCUUUUGGGCUCAGGCCCUGCAGAGUGUGUCAAUAACUGUUUAUAAGUACCACGCAAAAUAAUACGAGGCUCUCACACAAAAUCUGAGCUUUUAUUUUGCCAACUUUUUUCCCGGAAGUUUACAUUUGGGAUUUAUUCCUGACAUUGUGAUUUAUUUAUUCUUUUAAGAGUUCGCUUGUAUUUUUUUUCCCCUCCUGGAGUGAAGAUGUCCCAAAACCCAAACGAUGGCAUGGAGUUUCUGGCUCCUCCACCUAAAAAUGUGAAUGGCUCUGGCUCGGACUCGAUGCUGGGUGAGAAGCUGGGCGUUGAGGUCCGGCACCGCCGCCACACCAUGGACAAAGAUCUCAAGACGGCAGAGCACCGAUUUUUCCGCCGCAGCGUCAUUUGUGACUCUAAUGUAACGGCACUUGACCUCCCAAGCAAAGCCUGCAUCCCUACGUCUCUCCCAGACUGCGAGUUGUCCGUGUGCCCUUUGAGUGUGAGUUCGGCUCCUGAUGGAGCCCCGGAGGUCUGUACAGCCGUUGUAGUAGAGGAGCAUGUGGAAGAUGUGGUUGAAGGAGGUGGACUCAACAGUGGUGAUGGCAUAGACAAGCAGAUUGUGUGCGAGCAGGAAUCUGUUACUUGGAUUCAGAGCGAGAUUCCCGGGACUGCAGCCACGCAGCCUGAAGUGACAAGUGUGCCGGAGCGCGAAGGUGAAGCAACAGAGAAAUGUGAGGAGGAAAAGGAGGCAGCGAAGGCUCGUGUGGAAGCAGAGCAAAGAGAGGCGGAGAAGAAGGUGCAGGAGGACGAGGAGGUGGAAACCAAAGCUGUGGGGACGUCACCAGACGGCCGCUUCCUGAAAUUUGACAUCGAGAUCGGACGUGGCUCUUUCAAAACCGUCUACAAGGGGUUGGAUACCGAGACGACCGUGGAAGUAGCAUGGUGCGAGCUUCAGGACCGUAAGCUGUCCAAGUCUGAGCGUCAGCGCUUUAAAGAAGAGGCCGGCAUGCUGAAGGGCCUGCAGCACCCCAACAUUGUGCGCUUCUACGACUCGUGGGAGUCUCCUUCUAAAGGCCGCAAGUGCAUCGUACUGGUGACGGAGCUCAUGACAUCAGGCACACUGAAAACGUACCUGAAGCGAUUUAAGGUGAUGAAGAUCAAGGUCCUGAGGAGCUGGUGCCGUCAGAUCCUGAAGGGCCUUCACUUCCUCCACACCAGGACUCCUCCCAUCAUCCAUCGGGAUCUGAAGUGCGACAACAUCUUCAUCACGGGUCCCACCGGCUCUGUAAAGAUCGGCGACCUGGGCCUGGCUACUCUAAAGCGCUCUUCUUUUGCUAAGAGCGUUAUAGGUACCCCUGAGUUCAUGGCGCCUGAGAUGUAUGAGGAGAAGUAUGACGAGUCAGUGGACGUGUACGCCUUUGGGAUGUGCAUGUUGGAGAUGGCUACCUCAGAGUACCCGUACUCCGAGUGUCAGAACCCAGCGCAAAUCUACCGGCGGGUGACCAGCGGUGUGAAACCAAGCAGCUUUGAUAAGGUGGCCAUACCUGAGGUGAAGGAGAUCAUCGAAGGCUGCAUUCGACAGAACAAAGAUGAAAGAUAUGCUAUCAAAGUCCUGCUGAACCAUGCCUUCUUCCAAGAGGAGACGGGAGUGCGAGUGGAACUGGCUGAGGAAGACGAUGGGGAAAUGAUCGCUAUCAAGCUCUGGCUGCGCAUCGAAGACGCCAAAAAGCUGAAAGGCAAAUAUAAAGACAACGAAGCUAUCGAGUUCUCCUUUGACCUCCAUAAGGAUGUCCCUGAAGAUGUGGCCCAAGAAAUGGUUGAAUCUGGUUACGUGUGUGAGGCCGACCACAAGACCAUGGCCAAGGCCAUCAAAGACCGCGUGUCACUGAUCUGCCGUAAACGAGAACAGAGAAAGUUAGUGCGAGAGGAGCAGGAGAAGCGCAAACAGGAAGCUGAUCAACAACAACAACUGAGCGAGUCUCAAAAGGCCUUGCAUUUCGUACCUCCAGGAACACCAGGAGCCACUCAGACUCCGUGCAGCCUUCAGCCACCCACUCCUGGCCCUGGACAGCUCGAACCUGAAGAGUGUGAAGCAGACCAACACCAACAGCUGCAGUACCAACACGGUGCCAUCUCCUGUGAAGGUACGGUGGACAGCGGACAGGGUUCAUCCAUCUUCUCCGAGCCGCCGCUGAGUCAGCUCACCAUGUCUUAUAGUUCUCCUGCAGCAUCUCAUCAGACUCCCCAGCAGCAGCAGCAGCCUGCACAGCCCUCCUACCCCACCGCCUCACAAACUACCCAGCAGCACCCUGCAUUCCCCCCGCAGCCCAUGCCGCAGUCUCUGGCUCAGCCGUUUGGCGGUGGAGGGGGCUCGGGUGUGUGUGAACCGCCGCUCUCUUUCCCCUCCAUCCCCGAGCGGCCUGUCUCCUUCUCCCCACCGCCAUCCUGCCCACCUAAAGGCUUCAAUGUGCAGCGCCGCAAGAGCACCUCCAUCUUAGAGGCCCAUACGCGCCACUUUCAGCCGGCCUACCGCAGCUACGGGAGCAGCCUCCACCCGUUCUCUAGCAUCGAAGCUCAUGAGCCGUCACACUUUCUGCUACCGAACAUAGCGGCUCAUAGACUGGCCGAGCACAUGCAGGCUUCGGCGGAGUCCUUACACAGCUACAAGGACAUCCGAAUGGAGCAGGAGGAGGCUGUUCGUAGACUGAGUCUCAACCAGGCCGUCCUGCUGGACCAUUUGGAGGCCAUGGCGUACAGUGGAUACACGAUAACAGCACAUCAGCUAAACCAGCUCUCCUUCCACCAGCAAAUGCAGGCUGCGGCUGCUGCGAGUCUGGCAUACGAGAGCCCUCAGCCCAGCCCGGGCUACCUACACCCACACGUCCCGAGCCUCAUGCGCCUGAACCACAGUCCCAUCCCUCAGCCAGCACCCGCUAGCGUGGCCCAAGAAUCCUGCUACCAGCCUCACCCAUCAUUUCCUCAUUCUGCCCCACCAGUGCUGGCACACACCCCUGAGCCUGGCACCGCUUUCGAGUUCCACAUGCACAACAUCCAAGCAGAGCCAGGAACGCUGGCUGCAAGACUGUACCGAGCCCGGCGCGGCUCCAUGGAGCUCAAUCUGGAGGAGGCAUCAGGAAACACGGGGCCGUGCAGUCGGCUACAGCCAGUCACUGAGGAGCUGGGGAGCUACACGAGCCCGGAGAUGCCACUGCCUCCAGGAAGCCUGCUGUUGCUCCACACUCAGAAAGAGCGCAGCCCAGAUCCUUCCAGCGACUCAGUGACCUCAUCUGACACCGGAGACUUUCACUCACCGCCUCUGCCACACGCAGGGCGCCCGGGUCUGGAUGCCUCACUUGCUCAGUCCAUCCCCCAAACAUCGACACAGCUUUACACACCCGAAAGAGGGAGCGGAACGUGCGACGGUCAUCCUCCAACUCACCACUCUUAUCUCUUCAUCCCUCCGUCUGAACCAUCCAGCUCUCAUAUCGGCGCACUACAGAACGCCUGGGCCCGACAAACCACCGUCCAGCCUGAGCUUUCCUACCACGAGUCUGCUCUGAGCCUACAGGGUUCUGCUUUGCAGGCUCCGCCUCCCCAGUCCAGUACGGCUCUUCCUAUGGUCUCCACCAGCGCCCAGGCCACACCCUGGAGCGACCCGGUCAAUCCACAGUAUGGAGGUUACUACAUCCCAGCAGUACCUUUGCAGGGGGUUCCACAGCAGGUUUCUCUGAGCGCUGCCUCUCAGCAGCCCACCGUCUCAUUGCCCCAGCAGCAGCCUCCUCCACCACAGCCUGCCAGCUCAGGCCUACAAAGCAUCGCCCAAACACACAUCCAGCCUGGGUCUCCUGCUAUACAGCAGUGUGUUAGUGAGUCGAGUCCUCGGGUUGUGUCCCCGUCGCCGUGUGUGGAGCAUCUGUUCUUCCAAUACCAGGCGGCUCAGCUCGCUCUGGUGCAGCCUUCAUCGCCCCCCCCGGUCCAGCCUGUCCAGACUCCAGAUCUCUCGCCCUUCAUCCAACCGUUCGUCACACUUACCCCACUGCCCCUCUCCUAUCUCCCCCAGCCGUCUGUGCCUGGCCUGGGCUUCAUGCCCCCUGUAUCAGUGCCUGCUCAGCCGCUCCCACUAACAGUGGCCCAGGGACAGCAGCCGCUCCUUGUGGUGGCCUCAUCAGUUCCCUCCUCCCCAGCACCAGGAACCGUACCAUCUGCGUCUCCUUCAGCACUGCUCACUGCGUCAUCGCAGCCCCAAGCGAUGCUUCCUCCUCUGCCACUUACGACCACUGUGCCAACAAUCUGUGUAGCUACUGUCCCCACCCCUACUGAGCAGCCCGGGCUAGCGUCAGACUCCCCGGCUCAGGCAUCCCAGACCGGUUCUCAGACGACAGAUAUGUCACAGCUUCAGGCUCCAGCAGUGCCCUGUGGAAUGGAAAGCAGCCACUCUGACGUGGCAUCUGGCAUGAGUGACGGAAACGAGGGCGUGACCGGCGGCAGGCACGAGGGUCGUUCAGCCAAACGGCACCAGCGCAGAUCCGUACGCAGCCGCUCCCGCCACGACAAGAUCACCAAAGCCAAACUUAACGUGCUCAACAUCUCUAAUAUGGGCGACAGGGUUGCCGAGUGCCAGCUGGAAACACACAACAGGAAAAUGGUUACUUUCAAGUUCGACCUGGAUGGAGAUAAUCCUGAGGAAAUCGCUCAGAUCAUGGUUGAGAGCGAGUUUAUUCUGGAGAGCGAGCGAGAGUCCUUUAUUGAACAGGUUCGGGAGGUCAUUGAGACUGCAGAUGAAAGGGGUCUUGAAAGGGAAGGCAGCCAGACUGUGAGCAAUCCUGAAGAGCAGAUGACUGCUCCAUACACACCUCUCCAGUCAGGUGGUGCGAGUACCACUACACAGGUGGUGACCUCGGCGGGCCGCAGGUUCAUUGUCAGUCCUGUUCCUGAGUCCAGACUGAAGGAACAAUUCUUCAGUGCGGUUCAACCCCCUGCUCCUAUUUUUGAGCAACCUGUAGCAUCAGUGGGACUGCCUGCGAUGAGUCUGUCUCAGUCCGCCUCAGCACUUUCUCUGCAGCAGGCGUUUGCUGAGAUGCGUCAGGGACAGUAUGAUCCUGGGCCGAGCACAGCGCCCCCUACUCUCAACACCUCCCUUCCUCCACUGUUACCUGCAGUCACCUUGCCUCCCUCCUCUACUGCGAUGCUGUCGUCUCCACCACAGUCCUCUGAGCUAGCUGGCCCUGCUCUGACAGUCUCCUCCUCGACCUCCUCUCCUCCUCCAUCACUCACCCCUGUAGUGGUCUCCUUACCUCCUCAGAUCCCUCUGCCUGUCAGUCAACCUGUUGUGACCAGUAUGACUGUUCAGCCUUUCUCAGCUCCUCCCUCUUCAGCCCCUUCUGCUGUUUUUCCCCAGACGACAGUUCCAGUACACACUACUAUCAGCACAGCAGUGCCAUGUAGUAUAGCUCCGCCCUGCCAGCACGCUCCCAUUAUAAAUAAUAUGAACGCUUUUCCUGGUGGAAUCACAGAACAACUUACUGUCACUUCCAGCGUAGCCCAGAUCACCCCUCCUGUUGCCCCCAGCACAGCCAUUCAAACUCCUCAGCUCGCCGCUAGUGUCAUUGUGUCACUCCCAGUGACUGCCCCUUUGCCACAGGUGCCAGUCACCAGCAGUGCCCCUGUGGUGCAGCCCACCCCGGUUCACAGCCAACCACAGCCUUCCACACUGCCCAAUCAGUGCCAUUCUCACUGCACCGAGUGUGAGAGCGACCCUCAGAGCAAAACCCCAGGCAUCGAUGACAUCCAUGCUCUAGACAAGAAGCUGCGCUCACUGUUCAUGGACAUGGGCGCUGGGCCUUCUUCCGCCCCAGCCGACGCCAGUGCCACAGAGCCAGCUGCUCCCGGCACAUCUUCUCCUACCACCUCCAGCACCACCCCUCUUCCUCCCACAAGCUUACCUCUGAGCUCUCCUAUGACCACCCCAGUCACUAGCGCCACCCCUGUCGGCAAAACGCCAUUGUCCAGAUUGCCGGUGUUGCCUGUCGGCUCCGAGCAGGCCGGCACGCCACCCACAGAACACCCACCUCUCUUCCCGGGACCUUGUCUAACUCAGUCCCAGCAGCCCCUGGAGGAUCUGGAUGCCCAGCUGAGACGAGCUCUAAGCCCUGAGACGGUGUCGGUUAGCAGCGUCACACAUCAGUCCUCUCAUACCGGGAUGCCUGCUGGAGGGCAGCCAGUUCCAUUUUCUCUUGAAGGGGAGCCAGGGGCUAUGCCUGCACCUGGAGGCUUCACGCUGGGCCGAUUUCAGGUGUCAUUAGCAGCUGAUGACUCUUCCCUGCAGCCUCCCACAACCUCCAGUGACUCAUCUUCCUCUACCACCACUUCAUCCACCUCCUCUUCGUCCUCUAAUCUCUCUAGUCCUGAGAACACACUGCAUAGGGCCUCUCCUCCUCUGCAUGAGUCAGGGGGUGAUGUGGUGGACAGUUUGCCCCCUGCGCCCCCCAGCCAGCCCACUACGAUUGGCCGCUUCCAGGUCACCACCAACAGUGAAACCACAGUGGGCCGUUUCUUGGUGAGUCGAGCCCCUGAUGAGCCAAUAACUCCCAAGCCUGAGGAUGCAGAGUCUCCAGAGCCGCCACCCCAGAGUCCUCCAGCUAUGGGCAAUGGCCCUGCACUCAGUCCUGAGGGCAAGAGCCUGAUGAGCAUGAACAACUCCUUUAACUCCUACUUCAGCAGUGAUAAUGACUCCGAGUUUGAAGACGAGGACUUCAAGCAGGAAAUCAGCAAGCUGCGCGAGAAGCACAUGAUGGAGAGUCAGGCGCUGUACGCCCGGCAGAAAGUGGAGAUCGAUGCCCUUUUUGCCCGAGUUGGCAAAGUCCCACCCGCCAUCAUAAACCCACCCGCAGUGAAUCUGGCUGGCCGCAGGCGCCGACCUACCAAGAGCAAAAGCAGCAAGUCGAGCCGCACAAGUUCUCAGGGCAGUAAGAGCCCGGUUCAGCCUGGGAGCACCACUUUAUCAACUCAGAGCGCUCCCUCGGUGUACCCGACCCAGCAGUCCUUUCUCGCCCCCAGUGGGUUGGGAGAGACAGGGAGCAACCCCCUGCUCCAGGCUUUCAAGCCCUCGCCCUCCAGCGAGAACCUUUACUCAGCCUACACCAGUGACGCCACGCUGUCCGCCCCCAGCCUCUGUCUGCCCACGCAUGGCUGUGUAAAGUUCACCUGUGGGUCGGAGAGAGUGACCUUCAAACCAGGUGGCAGAAGGACCCGUUUUCUGAGUACGCCGUGCUUGGCUCUUUGGAAGAUGGUGAAAAAAGUGUGCCCCUGCAACCAACUCUGUAGGACGAACAGCACAAACACAGUGGGCGGACCGGGGCAGGGGCAGAACCAAACGCAGCCACCUUCCACUGCGUCCCAGAGCCGCAAGGGCACGUUCACCGACGACCUGCACAAACUGGUGGACAACUGGGCCAGAGAUGCCAUGAACCUGUCGCAGGGCAAGAGGGGACCGAAACCCCAGCAGCAGGCCCCGUCUCAGGGCCACAGCUAUGAGAUGAUUCCUUCUGGAAGCAUGGCCCGCAAGUUCUCUGCUCCGGGUCAGUUGUGUCCCAACGUGGCUUCAUCCAUGCCCAACCCUCCUGCUACCUCUCUGGGGGCACGUAAAGGCUCGCUGUGCCCUGCGCCUCAGUACGGCUACCCCUCUGCACCUUACAACGGCCCAUGGGCCAGUGUCUCGGCCGCACACACUCAGGCCCUGGGCCAGUUUCCCGCAGCCCCGGGCGCCCUGCAGGCCUUCCACAUCAACACGCUGCAAAAAUCAGUCAGCAACCCAGGAGGGCCUAACUUAAGGACCACAUAAGGUUGGGUCUAGCCUGUGCUAGGCCACUAAAGAGAAAAAGAGAGCGAGAGAGAGAGACAGAGAGAGAGAGAGAGACAGAGAGAGAAGGGCUGAGACGCAUGAACUGGUGGUGAGGUUGGUGUGAGCUUAGGCACGUGUGUUGCACCUUUGGAAAAUGGGACAGAGAUAAGUCAGGGUUUGUGCACACAUACACAUAAACACACCUUGUGUGGAUGAAUCACUCCUGCACUCUGGUUUACAUGCCUUGAGGUGAAUGCACACUGACGCAAAGGAGAGAGAAAAAUAAAAAACACAAUGGGAGCAAUGUUAAAGCAGCCAAAGAGGAUGGUGACCAUUUUUUUUCUUGUUCGAAAAUCUCAUGAACGUGUAUAGUGAUGUUGCUCCAGGGUAGCCUGGGACUAGCUUGCUAAGCUUUCCCUGACUGUUUCACUUUAUUUCACACCCUUUUUGUCAGUUGAGGUCCCUGGAACCGGUGACGGAAGAGGGGAAAAUGAGAAAGGUGAUGGAUGGUCGCCGUCUCCAUUACAAACUUUCCGGCAUCCUGGUAUCUGCUCUAAUGCUAUGUAACGCAAUAAUUAUAGAAAUCAAAAGCCCAUUUUAAAAACACAGAAAGUGGCCUUUAGUAGAGAAAACAAGUAUUCAUGUACAGCUUCUCUCUUUUUAUAUAUAAAUUGGGGUAUAAUUUUAAAGUUGUGUGGAUUUUCACGUGGUCAUAGGCCAUUCAGCCACCCCUGAGAGUUUGGACUACUAAGAUACUAUAACUAUAAAACUCCCAGCUUGCUCUGUAGUACACAGUCAUGCUUACCAUCCACCUCCACCUCUCUUCUUGGGAGUUUCAUCUGCCCUAAAAGCGAUUUAACUAAGAACAGAUAUUUAACAAUGCUUUAACAAUUGCCCUUUUUUUUGCCAUUUGUAAUUGUGCCUUCUGUUGGAAUGGAUAAAUUAACCCAGUUUUACUAUCUUUAAAGCCCAAAAAGUAGUCCUGUGUCAUUAAUUCAGUUUUGGAAAGAGCGACCAGAGGGCCUGGAGGUGAGGUGGAGAUUAAUUUACCCUGAGUAAGGAAGGGGUUGCCUGUCUGGCUUGUUCACGCAUACUGCAAGCUGGUGAAGCUUUAAAUCUACUAUCUAUUAGCAUUGUAACAGCUUUUAUAAUCAUGAGCGCAUUAGGGACCUCUUUAAGACAGGUUGAUUUUUUGAAAUGUAUGUUUAAAUGAGAAAAGUUGUGUUCUGUACGGACCUGUAUUUAUCCAUCAGUUAUUGAUGUUGAAACACUGUGAUUUAUUAUAAAUGUUGUUGGACAACAUAAGUUUAAAGCAAUGGUAGAGAAAGGGUGGAACUGAGGAGGAUUUAUUGCUAUUAGGUAAAAGGUGAUGUAAGGCUAGCUAUUACCUUAUUACAGAACUUAUUGGAGACACUUUAACCCUUUUCCCCCCUUUGUAUUUCUUUCAUUGUAUUAGAUAAAUGUGAAUGUAAAACAGUUUCAAUUAACAUACUUGAAUAACCGGUUUGUUUUUCCCUCCUCCCCAGUGCCCAGUAAGUGUACUGGAGUUUCUAGUGCCUUGCAUUCUUCCUUUCCAUUUUUUUUCUCUUUGUAAUUGAAUUUUGUGGCAGCAGAGGCAUGUAGGCGCCUAUUCGGGUGCUCGCGUGACAAUUAUGGUGAUUAACAGGCUGUUCUAGUAUACUGUAGAGAUUCUGAGUUUGGUGUCAUUUUUGGUUAAGACCAAAAUGAUCUGGAGAUGUAUAGUUCUAGCUUAUUGCUGUUAGAAGGGGGUUAUGAACGGUUUAAAGUGUUAUCUAGCACAAAAGGUCAAUGAUAAGCUUCAGGCCUGGGCACUAGACUGGUGGACAUCCUGUCUCCAAUUUCCUGCCCUUAAGCCGGCUUGCCAAUGUUCUCAGAUCAAUUGCACCCCCUUUCAAGGACCCUUGUGUAGCAUGAAACUUGCCACAAUAGUUGUAAAUUCUUAUAAAUUCUGACAGCAGAUAGGCAGUUGGUAUAAAAAAAAAAAAGUAACCCUGUGUUUCCACUGGCAGCGAUGCAACA